AUGUCAGCACGUGGUGGUAAGGGAGCCGGUAAGGUGAGAGCCAAGGCGAAGAGCCGUUCAUCCCGUGCCGGGCUCCAGUUCCCGGUGGGUCGCGUCCACAGACUGCUGAGGAAAGGGAACUAUGCACAGCGGGUGGGUGCCGGAGGCCCGGUCUACCUGGCGGCGGUGCUGGAGUAUCUGACCGCUGAGAUUCUGGAGCUGGCUGGAAACGCUGCCCGGGACAACAAGAAGACCAGGAUCAUCCCCCGGCACCUGCAGCUGGCUGUCCGCAACGACGAGGAGCUCAACAAGCUGUUCGGAGGAGUCACCAUCGCUCAGGGCGGCGUGCUGCCAAACAUACACGCUACUCUGCUGCCCAAGAAGACCGAAAGACCCGCCAAGACCAAGUAGAUCCCCAUAGCUGGACUACAGGAACAACGGCUCUUCUAAGAGCCACGCAAACACAAACCAAAGAGCUUCAUCAUCCUCCUAUAUUAACAUAGCAGUCUGAUCUUUGGCUCAGCUGUCAUUCACUCAUCUCAUCACUUCUUUUCUACUCAGAAC